AAAAUAUUUAAAAGAAAAGACUUUGGGCAAUGUGAAUACUGAUUCAGCCUCUCGGUUAUCGGCUUAAAUCUGAAAUACUUUUGCCUUUCUUCUCUCCACCUAUAAAUAAAACUUCAGCCUUUCUCCCAACUCAUCUUUCCCUAGGCCUCUACAAUACCCAGUCUUUCUACUCAAACUCAGUUGCUUUUUUUCCGAAAAACCCUUUCCCCUACUCCUCAACUGGCUUUGCUUUUGUGUUUUCUUGCCUGGUUUUAGUCCCCUUGCUCUUCUUUCUUUCUUCUUUGUUUUUCUCUUGGUUCCCUCUUAUGGAUCAGAAGACGAGUCUGUCCAAAUCAUUUCUAGUCUUUACACAUAAAUAAAGCUUCAACCAUUCUCCUCAACUCAUCUGUCUCUAUUCAGUUUACUUUAACUAUCUCCACGAUCUCAGUUGCUCCUUUUUUUAUUUUUCGAAAGCCAUUUCCCCUAAAUCCCGCCUUUCUGCCUUGCUUUUUGUUUUUUAUCCUGGUUUUAGUCUCCUUGUUCUCUCUGUUUUUCUCCGGUUCCUUCAUCGGAAGGGAGUCUGUCCAAACCAUUUCUAGUCUUUGCCCAUAACUGAUUACAUAUAUUGCUUUCUGUCUUGAUCUUUGUUGUUAAUUGCUCCCCUCUUGUCUCUGUUUUCUUCUGUCAUUUGCUUUGCUGGUCUGCUUCAAACAAACCAAUCAACCAAAAAAAAUGGAAGCCGUUGCUACUGGCGCUGCAGCCAACCUUUCUUCGGAAACUGCGAAAGGCAUCUUCCAAGAAAUCAAACGUCAUAUGAGAUAUGUAAUCAUCUAUAAGAAAAACGUUGAGAAGUUUGAGGCGAAAAUGCGGAUGUUGUUGGCGAAAAGAGAAGGCGUGCAGAAAGAGAUCGAAGUUGCAGAAAGGAAUGUGGAGGAGAUAAAACCGGACGUCAAGCUUUGGUGCAGUACUGUGGACAAGGUAAUCAAAGAGGAGAGGAAAAAUGUUGAGGAUCUUGAAGACAAAGCAAAGAGCAAGUGCUUCAUUGGCUUGUGUCCUAACAUCAAGUCUCGCUACCAACUUAGCAGGAAAGCUGAAGAAGUUGUCGCGGUUUUUAAUAAACACCUUCAAGAAGGUGAAUUCAACAGUGUUUCAUGCCCUGCUCCUCCUCCAGACAUAGUGGAUGCAACUCCUAAAGAUUUUGAGGCCUUUGAAUCAAGAGCGAAGGUAUUUAAAGACAUCAUGGAGGCAUUGAAAAAUGGUACUACCAACUUGAUAGUGGUGUAUGGGAUGGCUGGUGUGGGCAAAACCACACUAGUCAAAGAAGUUUAUAGACAGGCCAAAGAAGACAAGUUAUUUGAUUCGCUGACUAUGGCAUUUAUGAAUCAGACUCCUGACCUUCAAAAAGUUCAAGAUCAACUUGCAGCUUCAUUGGGUCUAAAAUUAGAAGGAACGGAUGUGGUGGUUAGAGCAGCCCGAUUGCGUGAAAGAUUGAAGAAAGAGAAGAAGGUUCUUGUUAUUUUAGAUGAUAUUUGGAAGAAACUAGAUUUGAAGGAAGUGGGAAUUCCUUUUGGAGAUGAAAACAAGGAAUGCAACAUAUUGCUCACGUCAAGAGAUCUAAAUGUUCUAAGUAAUGAGAUGGCUGCUCGGAAAAAUUGUGAAUUAUCUGUUUUAGAAGAUAAAGAAGCUUGGGACCUGUUUAAGAAGAUGGUUGGGGACGAUGCUGAAAAUCCUGAGUUGCGAUCUACAGCAAUUGAAGUAGCCAAAAAAUGUGCAGGACUGCCUCUCGCCAUUGCAACAGUUGCAAGGGCUUUAAGAAACAAAGGCUUAUUUGCGUGGAAUGAUGCUUUGAGAAAACUACAAAGGCCUUCCCCAACAAACUUCACAGGAAUACCAGAACAUGUUUAUUCAGCUAUAGAGUUGAGUUACAACCAUUUGGAAAGAGAAGAACUCAAACAGACAUUCUUGCUUUGUGGGCUGCUAGGUCACGACGCUUCCAUUCAGGACUUGCUGAAAUAUACAAUUGGUUUGGGUUUAUUUCAAGGUGUCAACAGAGUAGAAGAAACACGAGAUAGAUUGUUGACAGUGGUGAGUGACCUCAAAUCCUCUUGUUUGUUGCGUGAUAGUUACACCAAUGUGCGAGUUGAUAUGCAUGAUCUUAUUUGUGAUGCGGCCUUAGCAAUCGCUUCUAGGGACAACAAUGUGUUUGCAUUAAAGCCCGAAGAUGGUUCAAAAGAUUGGCCUAAUGGAGAGACAAUGGAAAAAUGCACCAUGAUUAGUUUGAGAUAUGCUAAUAUUAGCUAUUUUCCCAAAGAGUUGAAAUGUCCUCUACUUACCUUUUUCUAUGUGGGUAGCAGGGAUUCUUCUGUGGAAAUACCAAUCAGCUUUUUUAAGGAAAUGAAAAAUCUUAAAGUUUUAGAUUUGACUAAAAUGCAAUUUCAGUUCUUACCAUCCUCAAUUAGUCUCCUAACAAACCUUCGGACAUUGUGCCUAGACCAAUGUAGUUUCGUGGAUAUUGCUGGGGUUGGUGAGCUCAAGAAUUUGGAAAUUCUUAGCCUUUUGGAUUCUGAUAUUGAAAUGCUACCUAAGGAAAUUGGGGAAUUGAUCAAAUUAAGGUUAUUAGAUCUCAGAGGUUGUACCAGACUCAAAAUAAUUCCACCAGGGGUCUUAUCGAGUUUGUCUAGAUUGGAAGAACUGUAUAUGGGUGACAGUUUUGUUCAAUGGGAAGUAGAGAGGCAGGCCAACCAACAAAGCAAUGCUAGUCUUGCUGAAUUGAAGCUUUUGUCUCAUCUGACCACUUUAGAGGUUCAUAUUCCUGAUGCCAAGAUUAUGCCAGCCGACUUGUUCUCCAAGAAAUUGAAAAGAUACAAGAUUUUCAUAGGAAAGGGAUGGGAUUGGUUUGGUGAGUAUGAAUACUCAAGGACAUUGAAACUUGAGUUAAAUACAAGUGUUGAUGAGUUGGAUCACGGAUUUAAAAUGUUUCUAAAGAAAACUGAAGAUCUAUAUUUAGAUGACAUGAAAGGUGUCAAAAUUGCUCUGCAUGAGUUGAUGGAUGAGGAAGGCUUUCAGCGGUUGAAGAAUCUCCAUAUCCAAAAUGGUUCGGAGAUCGAAUAUAUCAUUAGUGAUGAUGGUGCAGCUUAUAAAAUUGGAUUUCUUGAAUUGCGAUCUUUGACACUUCAUGGUCUACCACAGCUCAUUAGCUUUUGCUUUGAAAAUAAAAGGGGCUCUAAUUCUUCAUGUCAAAAUGAGUUAUUGUUUUUUAGUGAAAAGUUGGUGUUCCCUUGCUUGGAGAGCCUUCGGUUGUCCUCAAUCAAUGUUGAAAGGAUAUGGCACAACCGGUUUUCAAAUACAUCUGAAUACGGCACUCAAAAUCUAACUAGUUUGACUAUUGAGGGUUGCGACAACUUGAAACAGCUAUUAUCAUCCUCUAUGGCUAGAAGUCUAACGCAUCUUAAAUGCUUUGAGAUAGUUGAAUGCAAAUGCUUGAGAGAGGUAAUAUUUGCAGAGGAUAUAGAAGAAGACAAGGCUACUAUUUCAUUCCCUCAAUUAAACUCUCUAAAGAUAAGGAAGCUUCAACAUCUCAUUGGGUUUUGUUCAGAAAAUUAUAAUAUUGAAUUCCCAUCCUUGAAGCUUCUGGAGAUAGUGCAAUGUCCUCAGUUGCGGGGAUUCAUAUAUAAAUCUACAAUGGAGGAGAACCAACAUUUCUCUCCACAAGCUCUCUUCGAUGAAAAGGUUGCAUUCCCUAGUUUGGAGCAACUGAGUAUUUCCUGGUUAAGAAAUAUGAAGAUGAUAUGGAACAAUCAACUCUCUGUAAAUUCCUUUUGCAAAUUGGAAAAAAUGGUAGUUGAACAUUGUAAUGAGCUCUUUACCGUUUUUCCAUUUGAUUUGUUGAGUACAUUUCAAGGACUUCAAACUCUCAAAGUAUCUAGUUGUUGCUCAGUAGAACAUAUAUUUGAACUCCAAAGGUUAAAUAUGAAUGAAACAAAUGUUGUGGCUACUCAACUAAGAGAAUUGAAUGUUGUUAAUCUACCAAAAUUGAAGAAUGUUUGGAACGAGGACCCCCAAGGAAUUUUAACAUUUCAAAAUCUAAAUGUAGUAAUUGUUGGGUACUGUUGGAGUCUGAAGAAUGUGUUUCCAGCCUCAGUUGCCAAAGUUCUUCCACAACUGAAAGAUCUUAUAGUAGAGAGCUGUGCCGUGGAGGAGAUUGUUUCAAAAGCGGAAGGAUGGGAAACGAGUGUAACUAAUUUUGAGUUUGAUCAAGUGUCCUCCCUUAUACUAUGGUACCUGCCAAAACUCAAAUGUUUCUAUCCUGGAAUGCAUACAACAAAGUGGCCAACACUAAAAAAGUUGAAAACAUACCAUUGCAACAAAGUGAAGGUGCUUGACAUCGGAGGGCUUAAUUUGCCAGAUAUGAAUGAGGACAAUCAAUUGGACUCCCAAAUCCAACCACCACUUUUCUUAAUUGAAAAGUUGGUUCCCAAAUUAGAAGAAGUGUCUUUGACCAGUGAUGACAUUGCAAUGAUAUGUGAGAGCAAGGUUUCCAAAGACCUUUUCUAUAAAAUAAAAGCUCUUUAUUUGCUUUGCUACCACGAUGAAUCUGCUAUUUUCCCAAUCACCUUUCUUGAAGGAUUCAACAAUUUGGAAAAGCUUGAGGUGAUUUGUUGCAACUUUAACAAUCCAUUAUCGUACAAAGGUGAUAAGGGGACAAAUGCUCCGACAAUUUUGCCAGUUAGAAAGUUAAAACUAGAUGGGCUUCAUUCUCUAAAACACAUGUGGAUGCAAGGGUCACGACUUGACUGCAUUCUUCCCAAUCUUGAAACACUUGAAGUUUUCAGAAGUGCCAAUAUGAUUAGUUUAGGAUUGUCCUCAACACCUUUUCAAAAUCUCAUGACUUUGGAUGUUUGGGAGUGUGGAGCAAUGAUAAACUUAGUUCCAUCCUUAGCAGUUCAAAGUUUGGUCCAACUAAAAAAUUUGAGGAUAAAAAACUGUUUUUCAAUGAAAGAAAUUGUUGGAAAUGAGAGAGAUGAUGAAGCAACUAGUUACAUUACUUUCAAUAGGUUGGAAUGUUUGGAGCUUCGACAUUUACCAAGCCUUAAAAGCUUUUGUUCAGGCAAUCAAACAUUUGGAUUCCCAUCUUUGGACCAAGUAAUAGUGAGCCACUGUCCUGAAUUGGAGAUCUUUUGCAAGGGAGAUUUAAAGACACCAAAAUUGCAAAUAGUACAAGUAAUUGCAGGUGAAGAUGAGAAGGUACGCUGGGAUGGUGACCUUAAUAUUACCGUCGAACAGUUGUACACAAAAAAGGUUGACUAUGAAGGAAUAGAGUGUCUGGUGCUCUCUGACACUUCUAAAGCAAUGCAGAAUUGGAGGGAUAAUCUUCAAAAAAGUUUAAAUUUAAAAAAUCUUAAAUGUUUGGAAGUUUGUGGAUGUAAUAGCUUGAAAAACAUAUUCACCACUUCCAUGGCUUUGGAUCUUGUGCAAUUGCAGAAGAUAAAAGUAAGAAAUUGUGUGAUGAUGGAGCAAAUUAUCACAAAUGAUGGAGCAGAGGAGGCAACAACAAACACAAUCAUGUUCCCUUCCCUUGAAUCCAUAAUUCUUGAGUCAUGUUCAAACUUAAGAAGUUUUUAUUGGGGGCAUGAUACAGUGGAAUAUCCAUUUUUGACAGAACUUACAGUAGAAGGUUGUCCAAAGAUGAUUGCAUUUGCAACUUCGUCUCCAAGAGAGCAGAAUAUAAAGACUAAUGGCAUUGCACCAUUUUUCAGUGAUAAGGAGGUGUUCCCUAACUUAAGAAAAUUGGUAAUCAUCGGCAGUGGGUAUUGGACAAUGAUAUGGGACGAUAAACUCACAUUUAGUUCAUUUUGUGAACUAACUCUUCUCGUAGUGAAAAAUUGUGAAAGACUUCUGAAUGUUUUCUCAUUUCAUAUGACGCAAAGACUUGGCAAACUCGAAAAUCUUCAAAUAUUGAACUGUGAAUCCUUGGUAGAAGUAAUUGGACUUGAUCAUGGACUCAAUUCCACUGAAUCAACCACCAUGUUUAUAUUUCCUAAAAUAAGAUUCUUGAUACUUCAGUGGCUACCCAAAUUGAAGAAUUUCUACUCCAAGUUGCAUGCUACAAGAUGGCCAUCCUUACAACAAUUGGAGGUGAGAGGAUGCGACAACGUGGAGAUAUUAGCUAGGGAGUUAUUGAGCUUUUCAGAAACAUUUGGAGAGAGUCAACUGGAAAUUAUCCCUUCUAAACAACCCUUGUUUUGGGUCACUAAGGAUACAUUCCCCAAUUUAAAAUGCUUACUUUUGGGAGCAAAUGGCUUUAUGACGGAGAUAUGCCAUGGACAACUUCCAGCCCAAUAUUUUUGCCAACUAACACAUCUUGGGCUCAGAAAUAUUCCCAAUAUAUCAGCAACUAUUCUAAACAGUUUCAUUCAGUCUUUACCAAAUCUUGGAUCACUUGUUGUGAGCGAAGCUCCCUUCAAUGAAAUAUUUCAAUGCGAAGGGCUGGAGGGUGAGGAGGAACAUCCAGGGGCACCUGCUGGGUUGACUGAAUUAAAACUGAUAGAACUUCCUGAGUUGACACAUCUUUGGAAGGAAGAAUACCAAGUUGGAGAAGUUUUCAAUAACCUGAGAAUUCUAGAAGUGCGGAAAUGCGACAAAUUGGAGAAUUUAGUGCCAUCUUCUGUGUACUUUAAAAAUUUGACGAAUCUGCUAGUGUCAAAUUGUCACAGGCUUAAAAACUUAGUAGCACUGCCAACGGCAAAAAGCAUGAUGGUACUCAAAGCAAUGAGUAUCACUGAUUGCCAAAUGAUAGAAGAAAUCAUAGCUCAUGGAAGUGAUGAUGUGAUGGAUGGCAUCGUGUUCUCCCAACUGCAGUAUUUGGAACUUGGUUGUCUUCCAAGCCUAUCAAGCUUCUGUUCAGGGAACUAUGCUUUUGUAUUCCCUUCCUUGAAAGGGUUAAUAAUGAGACAGUGUCCAAAAAUGGCAAUUUUCACUACGGGAGAGUUGAGUACACCAAUGCUGCGGGGAAUACAGUCAACUGAAGGUGAAUAUGUAGGGCGUUGGGAAGGCAACCUCAAUGCCAUUGUUCAGCAGUUAUUUACAGAAAAGAUGGAAAUUUUGACUAUGGGAGAGUUGAGCACACCAAUGCUGCGGGGAAUACAAUCAACCGAAGGUGAAUAUGUAGGGCAUUGGGGAAGGCAACCUUCAAGGCCAUUGUUCAACAGUGGUCAGAAAAUGAUUUUCUGGCUUUUUGGUUCAUCAAUUCAAAUGCUGCAAGAUUUACACCAGACAUUUAUGCAGACAUGUCAACAACGCAAGUUGGAUGUGUCUGCCAAAUGA